AUGGAGACUCGUGAUCCAAAGAGAAGGAGGGCAACCUACAACAGUUGGUCGCACUUUACGACCGACAUCCUCAUCGACGUUGCUUCCAAGCACGUGACCUCCGCCGCCACCUACGCCACCCUCCGCGGCGUGUGCCGGAGUUGGAGAGCCGCGCUCCCCGCCACCGUGCCCGGCCCGCACCGCCUCCCCCCGCAGUUCCCUUUCCUCCUCCCUUUCUUUAGCCGCUGCCGCGCUGAUGAUCCCGCCUACCCCGCCUUCUUCUCCCUCACCACCAAUCGCACCUUCGCCCUCCGCCACCUCGCCGACGCCCAUGAGAGCGUCUGCAUCGGCUCCUGCUACGGGUGGCUCUUCCUCCUCUUUCCCGAUUUUAACCUUGUCCUCCGCAACCCCGUCACGGGCGACACGAUCCGACUCCCUCCCCUCGACGGCACCAUCGGCCUCACCUCCCCCGACCCCUUCAUGAGGAAUCUGCUGUUCGAGCACCACUUUUUCAUCCGCCGAGCCAUCUUAUCCUCCGACCCUUCCGCCGACCGCGACUUCUUGGUGGCCCUCUUCGUCGACACAGCGACAUCCCGCUGCUUGACCUGGGGGAGCGGUGACCGCCUCUGGACCAUCCGCGACCACCCCAAGUUCAUUCCCCAAGAAAUCAUAUUCUACAGAGACCGCCGCUGCUUCGCCAUCGGCCCCAACGGAGACUGCGCCAUCUUCGAGUUCGCCUCAGCAACCGACGGGGGCAGCAGCAGUGGCGGCGGCGGCAGCUUCUUCACGAGAGUGCGCAAAUUGCCGGUUUUGGGAACGCCAUUCUUGGUCAAAUCAGCGGGGAAUGUGUUGCUGGUUAUGGUGAAUUUUAUUACCCCAGGAAAAGUAGGCAGAUUUACAUUUUGUGGGCUCGACUUCAGCACAUUGCCCGACAAGGUAACGGUGGUGCCCGCAGAUAUCGGCGGCCGGAUCUGGUUCUUGGGGCAAUGCAACUCAAUGUCGGUGGCGUCAACGCAUGUCCCUGGAUUCGAAGGCACUAGCGUCUACCUCACGGAAAUCUAUCAGCAUACUUCGGAAGAUCCACGCAAUAACUACACUGCAAACAUUUGGCAGUUCCAGCUCAAGAACGUCAUUGUGGGCCGGCGCCGCAUCGAGCUUGAGUGCAGAGUGCGCAGCAUCGAGGGUGAGUGCAGAGUGUAUACUCCAUGGCCGACGCUUUGGUGGGUUCCCCCGAAUCUCCACAAGAAAUUGGGUGAGUGA